UUUCCAUUCCUUUCCUUGCCAUCCAAUAUACUAGUCGUGUGUGUUUCCGAAACUUUUUUCAAUUGGAAUUUGUGUAUGAGGCAUUUAAGAAAACCAUACCCAAGUUUCAGAUUUUUUUAAGACAAUUUAUUUCCUUAUUCGUCAGAGAGGAGACUUUGAAAACUGGGCAUAUGACCAUUACUCAAGUGAAAAUCAGCCUUUGAAGUGACGUGAAAAGAACUCAAAUAUGCCGGAUUUUUUUGUGAAAUUAUUAGUCAAAACGCAUCCAUUGUUUUUAACAUGUGAUAAUUGUCAACGUGUGUUAACGUUUAUAAGGUGGAUCUUAUUUCGUAGUUAAUGAACCGUGGGAAAGAGCAGUAUCCUUAUCUUCCUUAAACAUACUCCAACGAAGAAACUAAAAAAAGUAGCGAUGAACUUUAUUUAUUCAGAAUAACUUUGACUGAGAGGUUGUGGCCAUGUUCUAGUCAAAGUUCUGAUUGCCACAUUUUAUAUAGGAUGAUAAAAACCAAAGUAGAUACAAAAAUUGCUGGUAUCGUAAGUUUGUUGUGAAAACUUUUAGUGUAAAUUCUAUUAUUUCGUUUGUUAAUUCAAUUGUCUUCGUUUGAGGUUUAUUGCACUGCACGAGACAAAACUAUUUACCUUUAGUCGAUUCAUCAAUGAAAGACUGUCUGUCUGUAUGUGGCAAUGAAUACACUGAAGGUUAUCCAAUGUCAACAUGUUUUAGGGCUGUUGUAAAAUCCUGGGAAAAAAGCAUCAAGUUGUUGUUGAAGAUAAGAAAAAAUUAAAGAUAUGAGAAAUCCUUGCUGUGGCUAUUUGAAAGAUGAAUGUAGUCAACUCCUAAAUACCGAUCUACAUUUUAUGCUACCUUGUUUGGAAUGUGCUGAGAACGUGAAAGGAGUGUUGUUCAGCCUUACAUCACGAUGGAAGCCCAAAUAUGACGGCUUAUUCAUGCAUUGUAGUUUGACCCUCUAACUUUCUGUGUGGCAUUGAGUACCGCCGAGCGUCUACGUAUAAAGACCAACUGAUGUGCUUAUAGCAGAUCCUCAGUCCUCACAUCUCAUGUGGUGUGAAGCAGAAUUUGAAAUGUGCUACAAGAUAUGAAAGUGCGAAGCUUCAAAACAAAGACAUCACUUGUUCAACUUGUAAUUUAGUCAUGUUGUGUAAGUUCACCAUUCACGUUGUCGUUAUGUCUUUGGAUUUGUAUCAAAGAACGGAGACUUUGCUCAAUGAUUUACGAACUCGAGAUGCUCAGGAUUUGUAUCAAUUGCAAAUGAAGUUGCGGAAACUCGUGGAUAAUGUGUUCCGACUAAUAAAGUUCGUUGGAGAGAUUCCGUUUGCGAAGAAAGAAAAUAAAGGCCCACUGGAGUCGUCUUCUGAAAAUCGUUCUGAAUGCUCGGGAAAAGAAGAGAUAAUCGCAUCAUGUCCAACAAUCUCGUCAACUUUCGAUGACAAAGGAAGUGUUAACGUUGAUUCAUUAUCUCUACCUUCUCCAAAUGUGUUCUCGGACAGUGGUAUUGAUGUAACAGAGAACAACGUCCUCGUUAUGAAUGGCUUAUCCGCUGAUCAAAAUGACUGCGGAACUGUUGAGAAAAUUAAUGCACUACGCGAUGCCAUACGUCAUAUUAAGGAAAUUACCGACAAAUAUGUCCAGCAUUUUCUACUUCAGUCACAGCAAGCUUUACAAAAGAGCUGAGUACAGAGCCUGAUAGCAGGAACGAUCAGACGUUGCUAGAGCUAAUAUCAAAUCUACUUUGCAACACACAUGACGACGAAGAAAAAUUCAACAAACUCUCUUGCUCUUCCGUUGACGACGGCGAGAAACCAUCAUCUUCAUUAGAAAGAUCACUGUGCUAUAUACUUGUGGACAAAGCAUUGUUAAACUGUUUAUUGAUUCUUGAUAAAGCAAUAAUGGAGGAUAAACUGAGUGAUAGGGGGAAAAUUCAAACCCAUAAAACUUUGCCAGGUGAGAAGCUUGUUGCGGAAUUUGCUCGAGCAAUCAACGAGAAUAGACAAUUUCUCGAAAAGCUCAACGAGCUGAAAAGAAACGAACUUCUUGUAGAUAGAAUGAGAACACAGAUUCGGCAGCUUUCGAGCGAAAAAUCAAUGCUCGAAAACGAAAACAAAGGUCUUAAGGAGAAAAUUCGUUUAUGGAAACGCAAGAGCGAAGAUGAAAAAUCCAGAAAUUCCAUCAUUGAAAGCGAAAGACAACGACUGAAAGAAAAAGUUUUAUUCUUGGAAGAAAGUAUGAAAGGUUUACAAUCUUCUACGGAACAUUUAAGACGUCAACUUCAGGCGCAAGAUAAACUGAAGCACGAUAACAAUUUCGUGAAUGAUGAACUUGAUUCGGGAGAAAUGUCAUCAUUUGUUGAAAGUAAUCUUUCAGGCGAUAAAUUGACUUCAAAGAUGAACGCGUUGAUGAAGGAAAAUCAGUUGUUGAAGUAUAAGAUUGAAGAAAUUGAAACUGACGAUUAUGAAAGUAAGGAGAGACUGACGGAUCUUGCAGAUCAUCAUGCAAAAACACUUCAGAAGAAAGAUGAUGAAAUUCAGAUGCUGCUUGAGAAAAACCAGAGGAUUACGGAAGAUUUAGAGACGAGUUUAACCGAUGUUCUGUUGCUAAAAUCGAAAAAUUUCCAACUGCAGCAACGUGGGUGCAGUGCGACAGAUAAAAAAGAGUUAUUGGAUAGGGCUCUGGAAGACUCUGGUUUGCGCGUACUUGCCGACAAAGAAACAGAAAAAAUACAAGAGUUGACGAAUCGUGUUGAAGAAACAGAAGCAAGUCUACAAGCAAACAAAGCUUUUCUUCAGGAGCUGUCCAAGCGUAAAACGAUUCUUGUCGACAAGUUAGAAAUGGCUGGGGCAGUGGUUGUUAUCAAAAAUGAUUUUGACGUACCUGAUGGCUAUACAGUGGCUGUGGACGCUCUUAUUCGCUCACAAUCAUCUCUCAUAGAGAAAGGUGUUUCUUCGAUGAUCGAUGAACGGGAUCGAAAGACAAACGAAAAUCGUUCACUUUUUGACGAAAAUAAACGGUUGAGGAUAACUACAGAAGCUUUGGAAACGGAGAAUCUUUUGCUCCAGAUUCAAGUGAGUGAUCUUAAUCAGAGUGUGGAGGAAUUAGAAGAUGACCUCAUAUCUAUGAAGACCGGUAGAAAAGCAGACAUUCGUGGUAAUCUUGAACAAAGAGUGACUUUUCGUGACGAACGUGACGGACGUGACGGAAAGAAAGAUGAAAAACUGGAGUCAUUGAUUCAAACUGCGAAAGAACGUUGUAAGAAUUUGGAGAAACAGGUUAGAAGUAAUACAAGUUGGAUUAAAACCACACAGUAUGAAAACGAAGAUUUAUUUAAAGCUCAGGACGAUUUGCGUCGGGAGAACUGUAAUUUACGACAGUAUUUAGAGGAAUGCGAAAAACGAACAAAAUUCUACUCAUAAAAAUUUCAGAGUUGAAGGACCGUCUUCAAUCCAUCGACGACAACAAGAGCUUAGAUGAAAUGGAAAAACAAAGUUUGUUGGAUCGACUGAAAAUAUUUGAAGGUCAGAUGAAAUUCCUUAAAAUUGAGAAGGAAACACUGAGAACGCGAAUAGAUAAAUUACAACGAGAGUCAAACAAUCUUGACGUGGUUAACCGUUCUCCCUACUCAAAGUUCAUUUUUUUUGAGCCACCUUGUGAUAGUUUUGAGUCAAAGAGA